GUCACCAUCAAUAUUUCAAUUGUUUCCCCACUGUCCAGUUGCGCGUCGGACUCGGAGAUGUCAUCGCUGACUGGACCGUUGAAUUUGCAGCACACUCGAGGCGGAAGUUCACGCGUGAUCCAGGAAAUCCAAAUGUUUCUUUGAUAUUCUGCUAGACUAGACCGCGAAAUCAAGUUCCAGGCUAUCGUCCAGGACAUUCUCGAGCCUUCACUAUCAUUAUGUGCUUCAGGCCAUUCCCCUGACUUAGGAUAGUUAAAAGGUGGCCAACGUUUGAGGGAACGGUGUUAACAAAGACUCAGCCACUUUUUGAAGGCUCUACGGCUUAAGUAUGUCGUCUGUCACCCUUUCUCGCAUCGCUCUCCACUCUCUCCGCUCUCCAGCGCAAAGCCGGUCAAUAUGGGUCCCAGCAAGCGUGAAACCUCACCCUAACACAGAUCACUUUCCCUUUAACUACCGCAACAAAAAGUCGUUUGCUGUCGGCUUUUACUCAUAUCUCGGUUUCGGUUUUGCCUUGCCGUUUGUUGCAGUUGCUUGGCAAUGGUACAAGCCCGGAGGCCUCAAGAACUCUGCUUAGACGUUAACUCAUCCGUUGAACCACUAGAGGGUGUAAAUUACUGUAAAUUAAGACUGCUUAGCCGCAGAACCAUUAAUCUAGAGCUUUUGUGCAUGCC